UAGCUUGGGAGGAAUAACAUGCAUUGAAAACACUAGAAUUUCAAGAAUAGUUCUAGAAAGUUUCAGUGUUGGUUGAAACUAUGCAAAGUUUCAAGUGGGAAUGGACAAUGCCCAUUCAUUGUUUAGAAAUCAAAGCUUCGUGUUCUCCCAACGUACAAAACUUAAGAGAAGAAAAUAGUUACAUAUGGCAUUUGCAGCUACAAUGUAUGCAAUGCAGUGAAAAGACAGGAUGGAUUACAGUCGAUCCUAGUCAAGAAAUGGCUAGAGUGAGAAGUGGAAUUUGUCACGUGUUGUUGCACUGUCGACUAUGUGGUAGACAGUGUACCAUAACAAUAUUAGAAGAACCUCACGUGUAUGACAAAAACGAAGAGUUUCAACAGUUUGCUUCUUUCGACUGUCGAGGACUCGAGCCAAUAGAUUGGAAUCCUGUAGGAACCGAUUUCAUUGUGGAGUUGAACUCUGGUGUGGUUAUGAGACAAGUUUCUUUUGAAGAAGGAGAAUAUUAUGACUAUGAUGAGAAUCAAAAAGAACAAGUUUUUAUCACUUGUUUGGAAUGGCAAUGGAAGAGAGUCUAGCAUGAAAAGUUUACCAUAAACAACACAACUAGAUAAAGAUAUCAUUCUCUAUUACAAACUUUUGUGACAACUAUAUAUAAUAAACAACAACACAAACAAUCACAAUUAUCACAAUAUACAAAAGUAUAAGAAU